UAGUUGCAGGCUUUCUGGUUAUAUUUUUUUCAUGCUUGUAACGGCAAAAACAGACACCGUGAAUGAACCGACAACCCAUCCAGAAUCAUUUUCACUUCUCUUAUAAACUCUUGUCAUAAUAACCCUUUGAACACAAACACCUUCAUUUGUUCCUAAACUCGGUAAUCCUUUUCAACGCACGUACUUUUAUUCGUUGCCAAAUGGUUGUGUUCUCAUUCAAAGUUGAAAUCACUUCGGGGCAGCGAAUGGUGAAGAAUGCGCGGAAGGACGUAUAAUCCUGCAAAUUCAAACUGGGUGAGUCAUCUAUCUAUUCAUUACAAAAUGCACCAUUUUCUGAUUUCUAGAUUAACUUCUAGGACCCCCAACUUAGGUGUUGUUUUCUUCACUUGUCGUUCUUUAUCUGUAUCCAACACAAAUCACCACCAAGGUGGCUCCUUUACGGUAUCAGCCCUCAUCAAUUCAUGUGGGUUAUCACCUGAAAUGGCCCUCAAACUCUCCAAAAAGUUGCAAUUGAAAAACCCAGAUGGGCCAAAUGCUGUACUUGAUCUUCUCAGGAACUAUGGGUUCUCUCAGACCCAAUUAUCUAGCCUUGUCAAGAAACACCCUUUAGUGCUUUUUGCAAAACCUGAGAAAACCCUUUUGCCAAAACUCAAGUUCUUCCAUUCUAUUGGGGUUUCAACCUCUGACCUCCCUAGAAUAUUCAUUAUAAACCCUUCAUUUCUAACAAAAAGCUUGAAGAACAACAUUAUCCCACGUUAUGAGAUCAUCAGGAGUCUAGUUCGCAGUGAUAAGGAAGUAGUUUCAGCUUUGAAGAAUGGGGCAUGGUACUUUCACUGUUGUAAGGGAAUAAGUAAUUCAGUUCCAAACAUAGAGGCUUUGAGACAGCUUGGCCUGCCUCAAGAUUCCAUUUCUCUCUUGGUAACCAAUUUCGCUAAUAUAGCAUUUAUGAAUCAUUCGAGAUUUGUUGAGGCUGUUGAGACAGUGAAGGAAAUGGGGUUUGAUCCUUUGGAAUCAAGAUUUAUUGUGGCACUUCAAGUACUUGCAAAGAUAAAUAAAGCAAUGUGGAAAUUUAAAUUAGAGGUUUUUGAGAGGUGGGGCUGGUCUAGAGAUAUCUGUCUUUUAGCUUUCAAAAAGCAUCCAAAGUGUAUGCUGUUGUCAGAAAAGAAGAUUAUUAAAGUACUGAAUUUUUUGGUGAAGGAUAUGGGUUGGCCCUCAGAAGACAUUGCUAGAUGCCCUUGGAUUCUUGACGGAAGCUUGGGGAAGACAAUUAUCCCUAGAUGUACAGUAGUUGAAAUUUUGAAGUCAAGGGGUUUGAUAAAGAGAGAUUUGCACUUGAGUAGCUUUUUGUCGAUUGAUGAGAAAAGGUUUUUGAAGAGAUAUGUGACCCAAUUUCAGAAAAAUGUGCCACAUCUGUUGGAUGCAUACGAAGGAAAAUGUCUGGAAAGAAAUAUGAAAGGAGAAAGCACCAAGGGUCACAACCUCAUGCUGAUGAUGAUGUCAGAAUAGCUGAGUCAGCUUUGGUUAGUUAAGGUGGUUAAGAGGUUAAUGUAAUCGAAAGUGACAGGGGUUUGGAUAAAAGGAGGAGGACAGCAGUUGGAGAGGUAUUCUGGAAAUUACUGGGAACUUGGGACCUUCGGGCAACUGAGACUGGAACAGGCAGAACCCACCCUGUAGGAUCUGGUUUGGAGUCUGUAAUCAGUAGUUUU